AUGAUUGAAGAAAGCAAGUCGUGGGAAGCCAAUGUGCAUAAGCUUCCCCCGAGUUCUGCCUCUUCAUCGAAGGGUGCAUCAUCCAACGCCAGUUUUCUCAAAUUAGUAGACUGGAACGGUCCAGAUGAUCCCGAGAAGCCGGUAAACUGGCCACGGAGCCAGAAAAACAAGAUUCUCGCCGCUGUGUGUCUAAUGCGCUUCACGACCCCACUUGCUUCUUCCAUGAUGGCGCCAGCUUUACUGCAAAUCGAAAAUGAGUUCCAAGGCACAUCGUCUAUGGUCAUGAAUUUCGCGGUGUCUAUCUAUAUUAUCGGAUUCGGCAUAGGUCCGCUCGUACUGGCGCCACUCUCUGAGAUAUAUGGUCGCAACAAGAUUUAUAACGCUGGCAACGUUUUAUUUACAAUCUGUACAGCAUGCUGUGGGCUUUCGCCAAAUGCAACAUCGCUCCUAAUAUUUCGGUUGCUUUCGGGUAUUAUGGGCGGCGCUCCGCUAACAAAUGGAGGCGGCACCAUUGCAGACUUGGUUCCUGUCAAUGAGCGAGGGUUCAUAAUGAGUGUUUUCAGUCUGAGUAUGUUGCUUGCUCCCGUCCUGGGACCUGUGGGUGGCGGAUUUCUCGCCCAGGCAGCUGAUUGGAGAUGGAUCUUUUGGCUUUUGACUAUCUUGAGCGCCAUCACCGCCAUGGUCGGAUUUCUUUUUCUACGCGAGACGUAUGGUCCAACACUCCUCGAGCGGAAAGCCGCCCAACUGCGCAAACAAACCGGCGAUCCUGAUAUCCAGUCAGCGAGCAAAUCACCUCUCCCACUCCAACGAUUGAUUGCUCUGGCCAUUAUGCGCCCGAUGAAGCUGCUCUGCACCAGUCCAGUCAGCAUCGUCAUGGCACUAUAUAUGGGACUCAUCUACGGCAUUAUCUAUCUGUUGUUCACAUCAUACACAGUGGUGUUCCAGCAACAGUACGGUUUCAGUCAAGGCGUCGCAGGGCUUACAUACCUCGGUAUGGGACUGGGCUGUACCACGCAGCUGUUUCUAGGCCACUUCAGCGAUAAAAUCCACACGAAGCUGACACAACGUCAGGGCGUGGAAAGAGCAGAAUAUCACCUUCUUAUGCUGAUUCCUGCUGCUAUAUCAUUACCAAUAGGACUUAUAAUCUACGGCUGGACAGCAGAAUAUCACGUCCAUUGGAUUGUUCCUUUGAUAGGAACAUUUUUCAUUGGCGUCGGCUUCUCAAGCUCAAUGACCAGUGUCCAAACCUAUCUAGUCGGUGCUUUCACCGCAUUCUCUGCCAGUGCUCUCGCUGCAAACAAUGUCGUUCGUAGCCUGAUAGGCGGUGUUGUGCCUCUGUCAGGUCCGGAGAUGUAUGGCAAACUUGGGCUCGGCUGGGGGAAUACAUUGUUGGCUCUGCUAGCAUUGGUAUUCGGGCUCGCUCCGCUAUGGUUCUACAAGACCAAAGAACCGCAGAACCAGAGCGAGAGAAAGACCCUUCCAGUUUGA